GGCACUAGCUAGGAUCGUUGCUCCGACCUCCGAGCUGCCGCUAUUCAUUUCCCUUUUCCCAAUCUCGUAGCUUCCAUCGCUCUGACUCCCUCCAUGCUCCCAAAGCCCCCCAUGUCUCCCGCUAGCUAGCUCCUGCCGCCGAGAUCACCACCCUGCUGGCCUCCUCCUGCUCCUCUGCGGCGGCAGCAGCUGCAGCAGCAUAGGCUGCAGUGCAAACGCCUGCUGCUAAGCUAAUUAAAUUCCCCCCUGUAAUCCCGCGGGAGAAAUCUUUGGCUCUUUCUUGGCUUUCCUAGCUAGCUUUUCCUUCUCCAUCGUCUUCUUCCUCCUCCUCUUCUUCUCCUAGCCCCAGAGGCCCAGGCAAGAAUAAACAAGUACUAGUCCGUACCAUUUCUUGAUGGAGAGAUGCAUGGAGACGACGGGCAUGGAGGUAGGCGGCUAGCUAGCACACGCGUGGGUAGGUGAGCUGCAGGGAGGAGGAGAGAGAUCGGUCGAUCCAUGGAGGAUCUGUACAGCAUCCACCCGGGGAUCUCCCGCGGCGGCGGCGGCGCGGCCUGCAGCGAGGCGUCCGGGGUCGCCGGCUCUCCUCCGCCGCCGGAUCUGACGGCGACGGCGGAGCUGACCAAGGCGCAGAUCGCGGCGCACCCCCGCUACCCGUCCCUCCUCUCCGCCUACAUCGAAUGCCGCAAGGUGGGCGCGCCGCCGGACGUGGCGGUGCUGCUGGAGGAGAUGAGCCGGGAGAGGCGGCCGGGCUACGAAGCCGCCGGCGCCGGGGAGAUCGGCCUCGACCCCGAGCUCGACGAGUUCAUGGAGGCCUACUGCCGGGUGCUGUGGCGGUACAAGGAGGAGCUCUCCCGGCCGCUCGACGAGGCCGCCUCCUUCCUCGCCACCGUCCGGACCCAGCUAUCCAAUCUCUGCGGCGGCGGCGCCCGCGCCACCUUCCACUCCGAUGAAUUUGUGGGGUCAUCGGAGGACGAGCCGUGCUCAGGAGACGGCGACGCAUCCGAGGCGGGCAUGCAAGAGCACACCUCCCGGUUGGCUGAUCAUGAGCUCAAGGAGAUGCUGCUCAAGAAGUACAGCGGCUGCCUCAGCCGCCUCCGGUCCGAGUUCCUGAAGAAGAGGAAGAAAGGGAAGCUGCCCAAGGAUGCCCGGCUAGCUCUCAUGGACUGGUGGAACACACACUACCGCUGGCCUUACCCUACGGAAGAUGAUAAGGUGAGGCUUGCGGCGAUGACGGGCCUCGACCCGAAGCAGAUCAACAACUGGUUCAUCAACCAGAGGAAGAGACACUGGAAGCCUUCGGAGGACAUGCGGUUCGCGCUCAUGGAGGGCGUCAACGGAGGAGGGGGGUCAUCCUCCGGGACGACAUUGUACUUCGACACGGGCACCAUCGGGCCAUGAGAUGAUAUCUCUCUCAUUUUCAGCUGGCUGGCGUAAAGUUUACUGGCACUUUUAAGUUUUAAGCAGGCAGACACGGUGGCUGUGAUUAGUAGUAAGGGAUAAGAUCAAGAUACUAAAGAUGAAUUAAUCAAUCAAUCAAAUGGAUGAAUAGCCUCAUGACCAUUUUGUGGAAACUGUUGUUGUGUAUAUGUGCGCUGUAACAGGACAGAACUGAGGUUACAUGUAAAAUCUUUUCUGAAGCUACUGCAAAUAACAUUAAUCAAAUUUGUUGUAUCUGUAGCGAUUGCCCAGUUCAAUCA